AUGUCUCAAACCAUCGCCUCCACGCAGGAGAUCCAUUCUCCUCCCUAUGAUACCAUUGAAUUAACGCGCUUUUCGUCUCGUGUAUCCUGCGGUCGUGGCAUAGACGUCCAGCUAAAAGACACCAACACUUCCCGGGCAACCGCCGAAGCAAAAGUAGGAACCACCGGCGGCGACGGUGAACCGCCCGCCGAUGCCCAGGGCCACGUGGAGAGAUGGAACUAUCCGCGGUCGAAUUUGUUCAAGUUGGGCUUUGCAUUUCUGUCCUUUAUCAUUGCAGGCAUGAAUGACGGCGCGAUCGGCGCGCUGAUCCCCUAUCUCGAAGCCUACUACAACUUGAACUACACCGUUAUAUCUCUCAUCUUCCUCACCCCCUUUGUAGGCUACUCUCUCGCGGCAUUUACCAAUGCGCGCAUCCACGUGGCCCUGGGCCGGCGCGGCGUCAGCAUCAUGGCGCCGCUGUGUCACCUCGUCACGUACGCCGUUCUCGCCUCGCAUCCACCGUACCCGGCGCUCGUUGUGGCGAAUGCGAUAAGCGGCUUCGGCAACGGUCUCACGGACGCAUGCUUUUGCGCGUGGCUCGGCGCCAUGGACAAGGCGAAUGCCAUUCAGGGUGUCUUGCACUCGUGUUACUCGCUCGGCGCGUUGUUUGCGCCGCUCAUUGCAACAAGCAUGGUUGUCAAGGCCGGCCUGCCGUGGUACAGCUACUAUUAUGUCAUGAUUGGGACAUCCGCGUUGGAACUUGGAGGUUUGGCGGCUGCGUUUUGGGACCAACCCGGCUCGGUGUAUAGGGCCGAACAUGCAAGUGAAAAUGAGGGAUCUGGUGCUGGGACAAGAGAGGCGGCCAAGUCCAAAGUUACGUGGUUAUGUGCCGCCUUCUUCUUCUUGUACAUGGGGGUAGAGGUCGGGCUGGGAGGCUGGGUCGUGACAUUCAUGCUCAAGGUGCGCCACGCGACGCCCUACGCAUCGGGGAUAUCAGGCUCCGGCUUCUGGGCUGGCAUGACUCUCGGGCGUGCCACACUCGGAUUCGCAACAGAGCGGUAUGGGGAACGCAUCUGUCUGACGGUCUAUCUCGCCAUCUGCAUUGCGCUGGAGCUCUUGUUCUGGCUGGUGCCGCAGUUUGUGGUGUCUGCCGUAGCAAUUGCCUUUCUGGGCUUCUUUUUGGGACCCAUGUUCCCGGGGGCGGUCAUGGUCACGGCGAAACUCCUUCCCAAGAGGAUUCAUGUAAGUGCGAUUGGGUUUGCAAUGGCGCUGGGAGGCACGGGUGGUACUGUGUUUCCGUUCAUGAUCGGUGCGGUGGCGAGCACGGCUGGUGUCCAGGUUUUGCAGCCGAUUGUGCUGGCAUUGAUUGCGGUCGUGACGGUGGUUUGGCUGAGUUUUCCCAAGAUUAGGAAGAGGGAUUGA